GUAACGUGCCGAGCGCGCUGUGCAUUCACUCGCAGCGUAAACAUCGCUAGAUUAUAACGUUAAACUUUAACUUUGCUCUCAUAUUGAAUUAUUUUAAAUAUAUAAUUUACAAUAGUGCGACCAACAACAUAAAGUGCUCUAAUCUUCUUAUAUACUAUUCAACUCGUGAAUAUUCCUACGUGGAUUUCAAAUAUUUGACGGGGGAUUAAGAAACGAUUGCGAAGGUUGAAUUUCGUCACAAUGGACGCAACAAUGGAAAACAAAAUGGGUUUACCCCCACCGUAUGAGCCAGCGGCGCCUAACCCUGCACCACCACCUUCGUACUUCGGAGACAACCCGCCGCCGCCGCCGGGCUUCGUGGCCCCACCUGUGGCCCCACGCACCACGGUCAUCACGAGCGCGACAACGAGACCUGGGUCCACAAAACUCGGCCCUGGGCCCACAGGAACUACCUGUGCAACGUGCAACAAAUCGAUUGUAACUCGAGUCGAGUACGUGCCCAAUAAUCGAACGCAUAUAGUAUCCGCUGCCCUAUGCGUCCUCGCUGGUUGCUGUUGCGGGUGCAUCGUGCCGUAUUGCAUGCGCUCCUGCAAGACUGCCAACCACUAUUGCCCACAAUGCAAGGCUUUCGUCGGCUCACACCAACCCUCCUGAACGUCUAGGCUACAUAUAUCUUAAAGCGAAUUUCUUAAGAAUAUACAAACCGAAUCUAUUUGCAAAUUAUGCCUGUCGAAUUUAACUACCUAAAAACACACGGUUAUACAGAUCGCUUAUCGUCAAAUGACGACACCAUUGAAGUUUAAAUACAAUCCUUAUUGCUCUAUGAUACAUGAUGAAUUAACCCUAAACUGGGUUUAAGACGUUUACCUAAUAAGUUUAAGUCGGUCUGUCUUUUGCCUACGAUUGCGACGUAGUUGCGUCCCUAUUUCCCAUACUCGUAAAAAUUAAGAUGCUUUAAUGGUUUUGAUGCUCACAGAUAGCUAAAGAACUACUAUCACAGGAAAUUUGCAAACAGAUUAAAUUAUUUUGUAAUCGAUCUUUUAAAAUGGCUUUAUUCUACGAAUCUUUCUAAGUUUUUAUUGAAUUUAAUAGUAUAGGUAAGUUUAUUAGGUAAAAAUAUAACAUCGCAAGCAUGGAACUGUUUCUUACUUAAGUACUAUAUAAAUAAUGUUUUAAAAUCAUUUUAGAAUUCUCUGCUGGGUAAUGUAAUGAAACUAAACAUAAGUGUGUACCAACUAGGUACUUAGUGAUAAGAAACUGGCGUAAAUCUUUAAUUAUGAUUAUAUAACAAAGAGUUACUUAAUAAAACACAAUAUUUCUGUGA